AUGAGGAUCCUUAUUGGAAGCCUUCAUUGCUACUUCGUUUCUUUCUUACUCAGUAGAGCAAACACAUUCCUAAUUCUGAGAACACCUACAGCCCAUGCUUCCCUGGUCUAUAACUACUCCUAUUUAAACCUCUCUUCUGUAUUGGAAGCACAAGCUCCAAAAAUAGCAAGAGCUCUCAAUUUCUCACAUAAUGCAAUUGAAAAAAUAACCAAGAGAGACUUGGAAGGUUUUGAGGCGCUGGAAGUUUUAGACCUUUCCUACAAUCAGAUUAAGGACGUUGAACCGGGGGUGUUUGAGAGUCUGCUCAGCCUUGUUUCCGUGAAUUUAUCCUUUAAUGAUAAGAAACUUCUUCUAUCAGGUCUCCCACCCCACCUGAAGCUCUUGCCUGCUAGCAAAGCCUCAGGAUCUUUGGAGCUUUCUAAGUAUUUUGACAAAUCCUCAGAGGCUGCUCUGGAGCCUUCUGCAUCUGCCAAGGAGCUGUCACGUUCGGGAGGUCCCUCUGUCCUGCCAGAUGUUAAACUGAGGCGCAGACGAAAUACAGAGAAUCUUCUCCGAAGGGCAGAGAAAAACGUAACGGUCUCUCCAACAGCCACAUCAGGGCCUAAUCUCUGCGCAGCACCAAUUAAUGGGACACUCAACCUGUCAAACAGCAAACUCUCCGCGGAAGAGCUGACAUUAAAACUGGAUCAGGAUCUCUGCCAAGCUCAGCUGGAUGGUAUUUUGGAACUGGACAUCAGUCACAGUGACCUGGAAAUGGAUCUUCUGUCACUGUUCAGCCUAGUUUUGCCAAUGAAAAAUGUGCAGUCCGUUGAUGCCAGUUAUAACAAAUUAACAAUUAACAUUCUAAAUGUUGAGGGGCUCUUUAAAUUCCCAUUCAGCAAGCUUUGGUUUCUAAACAUUAGCAACAAUCCCAUCAACAGCUUGGAUACGCUGUGGCUCCCUUCAACCAUUAAGGUAAUUGACUUGUCCUUCACCAACAUAAGUCAAAUACCCCAAAAUUUUGCUAAAAAAUUCAUUAACUUAGAAAACAUGUAUGUUCAAGGAAAUCACUUCAUAUAUACUGUACAUCCAGAAAUAACUAAUGCGGCUCCAAAAUUUUGCCCUGGAACUGUCCAUAUUAAUGCUAUUUCAUUUGUCAGAAACCAGGCUGGUACACCCAUUGAAAGCCUUCCAAAGAAAGUAAAACACCUGAAAAUGUCCAAUUGCUCCAUUGUAGAACUGCCAGAGUGGUUUGUGGACACAAUGGAAGAAUUACUAUUUUUGGAUCUCAGCAGCAACCGGAUUUCUGUGCUUCCUGACUUACCCAUCGCCCUGCAGCACCUUGAUAUAAGCAACAAUGAUAUUAAAAUAAUACCCUCUAGUUUUAAAUCUGCCUCCAACUUAACAACACUUAAUAUUCAAAAUAAUAAAAUUACGGAUAUGCAUCCUGAGUAUUUCCCGUUGACUUUAACAAGAUGUGACAUCAGUAAAAAUAAGUUGAACUUCUUGUCAUUAACUGAUGCCCUGGAGAAACUCGACUAUCUUAAUGUUUCUGGAAACCUGAUCACCAGACUGGAAGCUGGCAGCCACCUUUCUGCUCUUACUAAUCUGGACAGUAGUCACAACCUAAUUGCAGAACUCCCUGAUCACUUUGGGAAAUCUUUGGCGACGCUGAAAUAUUUUAAUUUAUCAGGGAACAAGAUCUCUUUUCUACAGCACGGCGCUCUCCCACCUUCUCUGAUUGAGUUAGACAUCAGUGACAAUGCCAUUACUACAAUUGUGGAGGACACAUUUGGUCGGUUAACGAGCUUGAGUGUUUUGACUGUACGGGGUAAACAUUUUUUUUGUAACUGUGACUUGUACUGGUUCGUGAAUGUCUAUAUCCACCACCCCCGUUUGCAGAUAAAUGGCAGAGGAAGUCUCAGGUGCAGCUUUCCACCAGACAGGAGGGGCUCGUUGGUGGAGAGCAGUAACCUCACGCUGCUGCACUGCUCCCUGGGCAUCCAGAUGGCCAUUACAGCUGGCGUCGCCAUCCUGGUUGUUUUGGUGUUAACAGGCUUAUGCUGGUGGUUUGAUGGGCUGUGGUACCUGAGAAUGGGCUGGUACUGGUGUGUGGCCAAGAGGAAGCAGUAUGAGAAGAAGCCAGAAAACAAGCCCUUUGAUGCCUUUGUUUCAUACAGCGAAGAAGAUGCCAACUGGACGAAGGAGCAUCUGCUGGAGAAAUUGGAAGCUGAUGGAUUCAAGAUAUGUUACCACGAGAGGGAUUUCAAACCGGGGCAUCCCGUACUUGGUAACAUUUUUUACUGCAUAGAGAACAGCCACAAAGUCCUUUUUGUUCUCUCUCCCAAUUUUGUAAACAGCUGCUGGUGUCAGUAUGAACUCUAUUUUGCUGAACACCGGGUCCUGAAUGAAAAUCAGGAUUCCCUCAUCAUGAUUGUGCUGGAAGAUCUCCCGCCCAACAGCGUGCCACAGAAGUUCAGCAAACUCAGGAAACUGCUGAAAAGAAAAACCUACUUAAAGUGGAGCCCCGAGGAACGCAAACAGAAAAUGUUCUGGCACCAGCUAGCAGCUGCCUUAAAAACAACCAACGAACCGCUGGUGAGAGCACAGAAGGGAUCUGCUCAGGAUGUGUGUGAGAUGGAAUGAGAUACCAGAACCUGUAAAGAUUGUGCCUGGAAAGUCUGUGGUCAAAUAAAAGCAUUUCUGCAAA